CCCUACUUUAAAAGAUACAAAUAGGAUUUACCAAGUAAUUUACUUUUGACAAUUACCCAAAUUUAUGGCCACACCUUUUGACUUUAUGUUCGGCCACAUUUAUUUGAAGAAAAUUGUGCUACUAAUUUCAAGGGAUAAUAAUUAACCCUUGGUGGAGUAGUAAGAUCAAAACUUGGGCUACUAGAGGCCAAUGGCAACCCUUGGUGGAGUGGUACGAUUAAAACUUCGCAUCGUCUUCAUACUCCUCUGGUAUAGUUCCAUCCUUCUCAGCUGGGUUCCUGCAGAACCGGCGGCAAAUGUCACACUACAAUCAAUUGAAAUAUUCCAGACUCAUGAGCCGGAUAAUCCCGUUGUUACUGAUGAUCCUGAGGUUUACUUUAAAUGUGAAGGGGAUCAAAGUCCGACAAGUCUCAGUAGUGUUGUCAAGAUAAACGUGACGUAUAAUAACUUCACACAGCUGACUGUGACGCAACUUUCAAAUUCGAGUGAUUGCAAGACUUGUAAGGUAUACGAUAAGGACACCUUUGGAGAUGACAACUUUGGAUCACCCUUUCAAUUAUGCGCUUCCAAUUUUGCAAGUAACGCUGGAGUUUGGCCCUUCGAGAAUACCACAGAGUUCAGCGCGGUAUUUUCGUGCCCGACGUGUGCCUCUUUUCCUCCAACAUCUGGGGUUAAGAAUGCAAGGAAUUGGACGGGAGAACUUCUAAUCACAAUUUUGGCCGCGGCGUUUUUCAUGUUUGGAGGGGCCUAAAUCCUAAUCACUCCCUAAGUAUUUGAAUCCAAAUUUGAGCCACUUUUUCAUUCACAAUGUCAGCAAUUUCACAGUAGCGUGUGUCACAGUGUUAGCUUGUGAAAAAUGCUAAUGCUCUGAUUUAAUUAAAUUUAUAUUAUCCUUCCGUUAAUGUGAAAUUUUACAUUAUUCGCA